AUGUAUCGCCAAGAAGUUGACGAUUAUAACCAGGCUUUGAUGGUGAAAUAUAAAAAAUCACCUCAGAUGCAAUUAUACAAAUGCAUCUACCCGUUGAAAAACGGGGAAACUUGCAAAUUUGUAGGAGAUCUCGAAGACACAUUCGAGCACGCUGGGGAGCACAGCCAGUGCUUCCACUUUUACUGCGCUCCGUGUCACACAUAUUUUGUGACAUGGAGAGCGGCAAAAGCUCAUAAGCACCAGCGGCGUUGCUGGUUGCCGAAAGGAGCGAACUCUACCAAUCGUUCCCGAGAUCACGAGGAGUUCAUCAGAAAGACCUUCAUUGUGCCUGUGAAGGAGGAGGAGGUUCGGACUAUGAAGGAGGGCAACGAUCAAGACCAUCAAAUUCCGAGACCUUCCACUUCAAGCAUCGAAACUCCUCAGGAUCCUAGAAUUCCAAGUUCUUCGUCGACGAAUCCUCCACGACAGAAUGUGCCAGCGCCCGGACUCAUUACAAAUUUUGAUUUUGAGGAUUGCGCACGGAUCUUGAAAAAAAUUAAAACUGGAGAAUCAUCGGAAUCUGCUUCAACUUCCAAGUCCCCUGGCAUGGACUGCUAUCAAAAGCGUCAACUACAAAAGAGCAAAGCAGUUUCAAAAGGUCACCGAGCAAACACUAUCGAGGAAGGAUGUCAUCAAGAGGACCCAGAGCCAGUAAAAGAGAGUGAUGCUCCAGUUUCCAUUUCUCCGAUUCCGAUCAAGAAGCCAAGGAUGUCGGAAUCUGUCAAUCUUCCCUCUCCAAGUCUUUCAUCCACUCCGAAGCCUCCAGCAGCCUCUUCGAUUGCUCUUCCUAUCCACGACUUCUCGGUUCCACCACCACCACUGGGAUUCGGAUGUCUGUUCCCGACUGAUCUAAGACUCAACCGUCCACCUCCAACUCUCCGAUCUCCAGUUCCGAUGGCUACAAAUCCUGUGCUUCCUAUUUCUCCAGUCCUCCCAUCAUUCAACCUACCACCUCCAAUGAUCCCAACUCCCAAACGACCGGCUCAUCCACUACCAUCACUGGAUCUGAACCUUCCAGCCCCAUGUGCAGUAAAGUUUGUGAACUCGAAUGAUCCUCCUGAGCAGCUGGCCGCCCCAACUCCAGUCGAAGAUCAGAAUCCAGGUGAGCAGAUGAAAAUUCUGACUGAUAACCUAAAAAAGGAAAUUCCAGAAAAUGGACCACAACCGUGUGAAGCUCCUGUGAAAUUACCACGAUGGAAGCCAUUGCCACCAGCACCAUCAGAGCCUCCAGGAAUCAUUCGAAAGUGUCCAGUCCCUGAAGAAUCCAAUGCUGCAGAAGCUACACUCAAAAAGGCCUCUUCUAACAUUUCUAACGAUGUUGCUGCUGCUCAAAACGUCAAAACUGAGCAUGUGGAUGCUCCAGUUGAGAAGACUCUAACAAUGCCAGUCCGUAGAACUAUCAAAGACGGUCCAGGAAAAGCUCCACAGCCGGCGAAGAAGAAAUUUAGCAUGAAAGACGUCAGGUCGAUUAAAAUUGAGGUGACGGACACUGAUGAAGACAUUCAUGCUAGACAUUUUCCUGAUCAUCUCACCAAGCAACAAAAGAAAGAUCUAGCUAGACAGGCUGAAAUCGUCGAUCCGCAGGCAAAUGGAGGACCAUCGGAUAAGAUGCCACCAGUUCCACAGGCACCAGAUGAGGAGAUGACACAGCUUCAAGCUCAAGAUGUUCAAGAUGGCGACCUUCAGAAUUCCCUGGAGAAUGAGGGAUCCUCAAAUCUGGGACACGAAAAUUCUAUUUCAGAGGACACUGUAGAAGAUGCUCAUGCUGCUGAUUACCCGGUGUCGAUGGAAAAUGAAGCAGCCAGUCAGGUACGAGAAGAAGCUCCAGCCCCUGAAUCAUAUGACUAUUUCCAGCAAGAUCAACAAGCUCCAACUCCAGAGCCACAGGUUUUCAUGGAGGAUCAAGAUACGCCAGUCGUGGGAUUUGAACUUGAAGUUUCGUCAUCAUCGACAGAGGAGGACCCAGCUACAGAAUUACCACAGGAAGCUUCACAUCUUCAGCCAGUACCAGCAGAGCAAGAUCCAGCAGUGCCACCGACUAGAAGCAUCAAGCCGGAGCUAGUUGAAGCUUCAGCAUCUCGUCCUACACCAAAUGAGAAAGAACCUGCACUUCCACUGAACAGGAGCAUCAAACAGGAGCCGGUUGAUGAGGAUGCUCAGCAAGAUAAACAAGCUACCAAGUCACAGGCUGCUAUGAAGCAAGAAGGAUCAUCGAAUCAAGUGCCAGAGGCAGCUCCAACCCUUCAGCCACCACCAGUAGAGAAGAACCCAGAAAUGCCAAGAACUAUUAACAUCAAACAGGAGCCUGCAGAUGACUAUGAGGAUUCUUCAGUUUUCCCAGAAGCUUCGAAAGCUCCGAUGUGCAAUUCUCAAAUGGACUCGAAUGAUAGAUCCCAUGAAGCUGAAGAUCAACACGCUCAAGCUGCCAAACCACAGGUGCCUAUGAAGCAAGAAGGACCAUCGAAUGAGGUUCCACAGGCUGCUUCAAACAUUCCACCGAUACCAGCGACUCGAUCAAUCAAACCGGAGCCUGCUGACGAUUAUGAAGAUGUUCCAGCCGCCGAUUCUUCAGAACCUGGCCCAAGCGAACCUUAUAGACGUCCAAGCCAAUUCGACAUUCCUCCUAGCAGCUCUUAUGGCUACAGUUCGACUCCAGAUUCAUCUGGUCUCCAGGUUCAUCCAUUUGCUCCGUUGCCAACUCCUCUCCAACACCAUCAAGAUUUCUUCAAUGACGCUAGUGGUGUGUUUUAUCAACAUCCAAGCUGGCAUCAACCUUCAAGUAGCCAGGAUUCUGCUCCAGACUUGUCUCAUCAAAGUGAUCCCACUUCUCCAAGACGCUACGAAAAACACGUACCGGAUGUUCAACAGGCAGCUUCAGACGUCCAGCCUUCCACUUCGCCCAGGCACUACGAAGAAUCCCAGUUGACUUCUAGUAGCUCCUAUGAUCAUGAUUCUGCUCCAGAUACGUCUCAAAGACGCUACGGAGAAAGGGAUUCCAGUGAAGAACCAGAGCUGAGAAUCGACGAGCAAGCGUGUGAUCAAGCAUGGAACCUGCCGACGUCAUCGUCGUCUCCAGUAGCUCCAAGACAAAUAAAGUCAGGAACCAGAAAGAUUGCUCCGAGUAAGCCUCCUGUACAAUCUUCUCCUGAAGCUCCUGUAGCACAUCUCGAAGACUCUGUGGUCCCAAAGACUCCAAGACAGAUAAAGUCAGGAACCAGGAAGAUUGCUCCAAGUAGGAUUCAAGUGCCGACCAUCUCAGCUGUGCCAGAAGCCGCUCCAGAAGCCGCAGCAGAUGUCCCAACUCCAGCCAUGCCAUCUCCAGAAGUCGCAGAAGAAGUUGCUGUCCCCAAAAGACGUCCAAGAAAAAAGCAAAAGAAGAUCACGAUGCCGAGGAAAGCUGCACGUAGGCCUGCGCCUUCGACAUCUGGCAGUAAAAGGGGGAGGAAGAAGAAGGUGGUGGUGGAUUCUGAAAAUUCCGAUGAUCUGGAACCUCUUCCAAGAGCCGAUAAUAACGUCAUCACCUACAAAAAAUUAACAAUUAAAAUGAUGAAACCACUGACGGCAGAAGAAGAAAUUCGUCUCAGCCAGCCAUCCACUCCAGCCGCCACACCAUCACAAGGAGGAUCGGAGCUUCCGGCUGAACUCGUAGGACUUCUGGUUCCCAGAAGAGCAGCGGCUGGAGCUAAACGAUAUCGGGAGCCUUCUGAAGAACGACCAGCGAUAAAACGAAAAUCGUUGGAGACAGAUUCGACAAUCUCGUCGUCUUUUUCGACGCCAAGGGCUUCGGCGGACUCAGAAGUCAAAAAUAUGGAGACCUCUACUGCUGAGAAGUGGUCCAAAAAGGAGGAGGACGGACAGGAUGAGCCUUUCUAG